AUGGAUGCUGAUAUGACUUCACAUUUCGUACAGAGUAAUAACGUGGACAACAAGGAACACCUAGAAAGACCUUGUUCUGACAAAGGGAGGUUGAGUUCAAAUGAAAAGGUCUGCAAGAAGGAGUCCGUAUUGGAAGCGUUACUUGGUGAGAAAGAAAUUUCAGGAUCUACAAGUGAUUUAAAAGAAAGAAGAUCGAUUGAGAACGAUGAUGACGAAGUCGAACCUCAAUUUAGUGACCUUGAUAGUGGAUGGGCAUGGGUGGUUUUAGCUGCAAGUUUCUUAAGUUUUGCCCUCCUCGGCGGCUCUAUGUAUUCCGUGGGCAUCAUACACAAUGCUCUUUUGGAACGAUUUCAGGCUAGCGUAGGUCUCACGUCAUGGGUUGGUGCAUUACACACGGGAAUUCUUUCACUAGGAGGGCUGCUAUCGACUGCGAUGGUUGAUCGGUUCAGCUGCAGAACUGCCAUUAUCUUCUCUGGGAUAUUUUACACUGGAGGUUAUUUGGCGACAGCGUUUGUGCCAUGUAUAGAGGCUGCACUAUUCACAUGUGGCAUUGUCGCUGGUAUCGGUGGCGCUCUUGGUUACACAGCCUCAAUGGUGGUUGUUGGUUUCAACUUUAAACGACACCGCAACCUUGCUCUUGGUGUAUCAAUGUCUGGCGUCGGAGUGGGUGUCUGUGUGUUUGCUCCUGUAAUGCAGAUGGCGAAGGAGUUUUACGGCUACACGGGGUUUUUCAUCUGCUGUGCGGGCAUGCAGAUUAAUCUAGUCACUUUUGGAAUGCUCUGCUUUCCCAGUAGCCUGGAGAAUUAUUCCCAUACUAUGAGACUAAGAGACUCAGGUCGUUUACCCCAAGAUACAAAUGUUUUCAAGAGGAGAGUAAUGCCGUACGUUAAUGUAAUGCUCAACAAAGGAAUAGUUUGUCUGUGCUUUAGUAUGUUUUUAUACUGUGCAGCAACGUUUUUAUUAUAUUUGCAUUUACCAACAUAUAUAACAACGAAAGGAUUUUCAGAAAAUCAGGCAGCUUUUCUAAUCUCCUUAUCAGGAAUAUUGACAGUAGUUGGUCGUUUUUUGACCGGAUUACUAGCUAAUAUUCAACACUGUAACGAGAUUGUUCUUUACGCCGGUUCCAUGACGAUAGUUUCCAUAGCAACAAUAGUGUACCCAUUUGUGUCUCGACACUAUGUGAGUCACUUAAUGUAUGUAAUAUGUUUGGGGUUGUUCCUGGGUUCGUGUUAUGUUGUGUUGACGACCGUCUCCCUGAAAUUUGUUGGCAUCAACUACAUUGCUACCGCGAUUGGUCUGGAGUUCAUGCUUGGAGGUGUUGGAGCGAUUGUAGGGCCAGUCAUCGCAGGUAUACUUGUCGACAACGGGGGAACUUAUGACCAAUCGGUGAUAGUUGCAGGUGGUUGCAUUUUAAUGGCUGCAGUCUGUGGUGCGUUUUCGGUUUGCUUUGUUGCAAAAAGGACGGAUGUGAAUACUACAUUCGAACUCCGUGUUCUCGAACUCCCUAGGAACGUUGAAAAUACCUCGAGCCUCGGAAAAAUCGAUCCAAGCGGAAAUGCUUACCUUCAGUGAAAAGAAAUCGCUCCUUUACAUCCCAUCCAAUUCGAGCCAAGGAGGAAUUCGAGCCAAGCGGACUCGAGUCAUUUGGGUUCGACUGUAUGUUUGUUGAAAACCAUGGCGAA